AUUUCAUCUCUCAUUCCUAAACUUAAAAUUUUUUUUUUUUUAUCACUAAAAUUUUUAAAGAUCUCUCUUCAAUAGUUUUUAUAAUUCUGAGCGUUCACGAGUCACAAUCUGCGUCUCUACCCAAAAUUCCAAAAUCAAAUCCUAGCCUUGUACUAUAUUCCAGUCACGACAGUUCGCGCGCUAUAUAUACUCUCAGCCACUUCAAACCUCUGUUUCGUUCUGCAGAGAAACAGAGAGAGAGACGGUGGAAAUGGAGGCAGGGAUGAAGAUAGAGAUUGAAGAAUCCAUGGAGUUCGAGAACCAACUUCACAAGCGAUUCAAGCACGACCCAUCUCUACAGGCAACAAUGGAGUCCGUCACAGAGGCUGCAAAGGAGCCUGUCACAGAGCCUGCAAUGGAGACCGUCAUAGAGCCUGUUAUGGAUUCAGCAAUGGAGUCCGUCACAAAACCACCAGAGACCAUUUGGAAGUCCAUACGUGACCGGGUAUUACGAUCAUCAGAUUUACCACUUACUUCAGAGAAAGGGUAUGACGAGAAAUAUAUCUUUUAUCCUUACUGGACCAACAGUGACCGUCUUCUAAUAAAAAUUAGUCAGACUGGACUUGAUCUAAAUGAGGUUGAUAGGGAGUUUGCUAAACUGGUGCCACCACCACCACCAGAGGAGAAAACCAACCUUGUUCUUGUGAUUUGCUAUUUUGACAACCACCCGGUCUUUAUAAUGCUGGGAAAAGUUAUGCUUGUGAUGAUGAUGAUAAUUUGAUUGAUGAUGACCCUGAUGAGGCUGGUGACCCUGAUGAGGCUGAGGUUGAUGACCCUGAUAAGGCUGAGGUUGAUGAGGAUGAGGAUGAGGAUGAGGUUGAGGUUGAGGUUGAGGUCGAGGAUGAGGAUGAUGGUGAUGAUUUUCUAUAUUUAGUUAAAUCUAAUAGGGAUCCUUUUGAUAGAGAAGAUAAUAGUGGUGACAGAUUUGGGUUCCGCCACAAUUAUGAGAGAACUUUAGCAGCGCGUGUCAGAAGAGCGAUGCCGAAGCGAACAGAGUGUAGGUAUGUUUUUGGAUUCGAUUAGCAGAACAAGGGUGGAGGGCUCUUUUGAAGGGUAAAUUGCUAGGUUUACGACGGAUGGAUCAUUGUCUUAGCUAACAGCAGGAGUUUGGAGAUUUUAUGUAUUGAUGAUAGGAGGAAACCACUAUGGCAGGAAAAACCAAUGGUAACAAUGCAGAUCUUUAAUAUAUGUCCCUAAAUUUGCUUUCUUUCAUGUUUUGGACUGGGCAUCUUUAGCCUCAAAAUUUCUGGGAAUACCUUCUCCUGUUUGAACUAUGGUCCUUGUUAUGUUAUAACUACUUUUUAAGUACUACUUACUAGUUUGGUAAGUGAUAUUAUUCAUCUCAUUGCAAGUA